CUUGCAAAUAGAAGAAAACAUCAUGUUUUUGUUAUUUAAAUAGAUAUAUAUAUGUACUUUAUUUGCCAAACAAAUGAACAAACACAUUUGCACACGCUGGGCCUUCGAUUUAGGCAAAUGGACACCAACAUUGGCCCAAUUGUCCAAGGCGGUGGCCGUCAUACAAAUCGAAGAGCGACAACGCCUAAUGAAAUUUCAUUUCAUUGAUGAUUUUCUAUCCUCGCUAAUUGGCCGUCUGUUAAUGCGGAAAUAUGUGAGCGGCUGCAGUCACGAGGACUAUCAGCAAGUGCAAUUUAAGCGUGACGCCCGGGGGAAACCCUACUGGUUGCCAAAAUGCAACAAGGGCGAUGGCGAUGACGAGGGCGAGGGCGAGGGCGGCGUGACAACUCAAAAUGAGGGGUGGAAGCAGAAGAAGUCAAAGUCAAUGCUGAGUUUCAAUGUUUCACACCAGGGCAAACUGGUGGUGUUAGCUGGCAUUGCCCGGAGUGAUCCCACCUGCCUCGGUGAGGAGGGCGGCGAUGAGUUUGGCAUCGGCGUGGAUGUUAUGAAAAUAUCCUAUGAUGGUGGCCGACCUCUUAAAGAUUUCUUUCGCCUCAUGAAGAGUAAAUUUUCGACUCAAGAAUGGUCCUUCAUAGGAGCACAAUCCUCGGAUAGAGGUCAACUCAAAGCAUUUAUGCGUCAUUGGUGCCUAAAGGAGGCCUAUGUCAAGGAACUGGGCGUUGGCAUAACCAUUGAUUUAGAGAAGAUCAGUUUUAAUGUUGAUGCUUCCCACACCUUGGAGGAGUCCUCAUCGCCUUUACAAGGCACUAUCCUACACUGUGAUGAUACCCUAAUGACUAAUUGGCGUUUCGAGGAACAUUUACUCGAUGAGGAUUAUUGUGCUGCCAUUGCAUUUCGAAAUUGUCUACCCGUAGAUCAAGAAAAGUUUACUUGGCUUCAUUUUAAUGAUCUUAUACCUCCAGACGGCAGAGGGGACGCGAUAGGAUCAGUGAAUGGGGACAUAUUAGAAUAUUGCAAGCAAGCCUUACUUAAGCCAUACAAAAAAUCAUAAAAGUUGUUAAUAAAUUUAUACUAUAUUUUUGUACACUCGAA